AUAAAAGCAGGCCACGCUGCAUUAGCAGCUGCAACUGGGGUCGCAUUUGGCUGUGUAGAGGUGUGGGUCUUUUGCUCAUUACAGUAAAUCUUGCCGCUGCUGGCUGUUUGGGUUCGCACUGCUUUUAUAGGCUGUGAUACUCACGGUGAAGGUCUGCAGCUUCACUCCUGAAGCCACCGAUACCACGGGAGGAAAGAAGGACUCCAGACGUGCCACCUUUAAGAGCUGUAACAGUCACGGCAAAGGUCUGCAGCUUCACACCCGAAGCCAGCGAGACCGCGAACCCACCAGUAGGAAGAAACUCCAGACACAUCUGAACAGCUGAAGGAACAAACUCUGGAAAUACCAUCUUUAAGAACUAUAACACUGACCGCGAGGGUGUGCGGCUUCAUUUUUGAAGUCAGCGAGACCAAGAACCCACCAAUUCUGGACACAGAGGACCUUGGCAGGCUCAGGAAAUGGCAAGCCAUUUAUGAAUUGAGAAGAGAUACUGCAAACAUUUGUCUCAAGUUCUCUAGUCCUUCACCCAGACCAUAGCUAGCUGGAGGAUUAUCCUGAUUUAGGCUGGGGGUUCCUUCUUCACGCAGGGCCACCAGCAGCCGCCGCAAAUUGAUCAUUGACAGUCUUAAGGUAUAGACACGUGUGGCCGUUUACACUGUAGGAUCCCCAGUCCCACUGGCUUUGAACAUUUUGGGGGCUUACAAUGCCGCCACCCGCGGACAUCGUCAAGGUGGCCAUAGAAUGGCCGGGCGCCUACCCCAAACUCAUGGAAAUUGAUCAGAAAAAACCACUGUCUGCAAUAAUAAAGGAAGUCUGUGAUGGGUGGUCUCUUCCCAACCAUGAAUAUUAUGCACUGCAGCAUGCUGAUAGUUCAAACUUCUAUAUCACAGAAAAGAACCGCAAUGAGAUAAAAAAUGGCACUAUCCUUCGAUUAACCAAAUCUCCAGCUCAGAAUGCCCAGCAGCUCCAUGAACGAAUCCAGUCCUCGAGUAUGGAUGCCAAACUGGAAGCCCUGAAGGACUUGGCCAGCCUCUCCCGGGAUGUCACAUUUGCCCAGGAGUUUAUAAACCUGGAUGGCAUCUCUCUCCUCACGCAGAUGGUGGAGAGCGGCACUGAGCGAUACCAGAAAUUGCAGAAGAUCAUGAAGCCUUGCUUUGGAGACAUGCUGUCCUUCACCCUGACGGCCUUCGUUGAGCUGAUGGACCAUGGCAUAGUGUCCUGGGAUACAUUUUCGGUGGCAUUCAUUAAGAAGAUAGCAAGUUUUGUGAACAAGUCAGCCAUAGACAUCUCGAUCCUGCAGCGGUCCUUGGCCAUUUUGGAGUCGAUGGUGCUCAAUAGCCAUGACCUCUACCAGAAAGUGGCACAGGAGAUCACCAUCGGCCAGCUCAUUCCACACCUGCAAGGGUCAGAUCAAGAAAUCCAAACCUAUACUAUUGCAGUGAUUAAUGCACUUUUCCUGAAGGCUCCUGAUGACAGGAGGCAGGAGAUGGCGAAUAUUUUGGCUCAGAAGCAAUUGCGUUCCAUCAUUUUAACACAUGUCAUCCGAGCCCAGCGGGCCAUCAACAAUGAGAUGGCGCACCAGCUGUAUGUUCUGCAAGUGCUCACCUUUAACCUCCUGGAAGACAGGAUGAUGACCAAAAUGGACCCCCAGGACCAGGCUCAGAGGGACAUCAUAUUUGAACUUCGAAGAAUUGCUUUUGAUGCCGAGUCUGAACCUAAUAACAGCAGUGGCAGCAUGGAGAAACGCAAGUCCAUGUACACGCGAGAUUAUAAGAAACUUGGCUUCAUUAAUCAUGUCAACCCUGCCAUGGACUUCACGCAGACUCCACCUGGGAUGUUGGCUCUGGACAACAUGCUGUACUUUGCCAAGCACCACCAAGAUGCCUAUAUCCGGAUUGUGCUUGAGAACAGUAGCCGAGAAGAUAAGCAUGAAUGUCCCUUUGGCCGCAGUAGUAUAGAGCUGACCAAGAUGCUGUGUGAGAUCUUGAAAGUGGGCGAGUUGCCUAGUGAGACCUGCAACGACUUCCACCCAAUGUUCUUCACCCACGACAGAUCCUUUGAGGAGUUUUUCUGCAUCUGUAUCCAGCUCCUGAACAAGACAUGGAAGGAAAUGAGGGCAACUUCUGAAGACUUCAACAAGGUAAUGCAGGUGGUGAAGGAGCAGGUUAUGAGAGCACUUACAACCAAGCCUAGCUCCCUGGACCAGUUCAAGAGCAAACUGCAGAACCUGAGCUACACUGAGAUCCUGAAAAUCCGCCAGUCCGAGAGGAUGAACCAGGAAGAUUUCCAGUCCCGCCCGAUUUUGGAACUAAAGGAGAAGAUUCAGCCAGAAAUCUUAGAGCUGAUCAAACAGCAACGCCUGAACCGCCUCGUGGAAGGGACCUGCUUUAGGAAACUCAACGCCCGGCGGAGGCAAGACAAGUUUUGGUAUUGUCGACUUUCACCAAAUCACAAAGUCCUGCAUUACGGAGACUUAGAAGAGAGUCCUCAGGGAGAAGUGCCUCACGAUUCCUUGCAGGACAAACUGCCGGUGGCAGAUAUCAAAGCCGUGGUGACGGGAAAGGACUGCCCUCAUAUGAAAGAGAAAGGUGCCCUUAAACAAAACAAGGAGGUGCUUGAACUUGCUUUCUCCAUCUUGUAUGACUCAAACUGCCAACUGAACUUCAUCGCUCCUGACAAGCAUGAGUACUGUAUCUGGACGGAUGGACUGAAUGCGCUACUCGGGAAGGACAUGAUGAGCGACCUGACGCGGAAUGACCUGGACACCCUGCUCAGCAUGGAAAUCAAGCUCCGCCUACUGGAUCUGGAAAACAUCCAGAUCCCUGAUGCACCUCCGCCGAUUCCCAAGGAGCCCAGCAACUAUGACUUCGUCUAUGACUGUAACUGAAGUGGCCGGGCCCAGACACGCCCCUUCCAAAACUGGAACACCUAGCUAACAGGAGAGAGGAAUGAAAACAUGCCCACGCCUUGGAACCCUCCUUUGGUAAAGGGAAGCUGUGGGUCCACACUCCCUUCAGCAUCACCUCUAACCCCGGCAACUUUCAGCCCCUAGCUGGCAUCUUGCUCACCACCCUGAUUCUGUUCCUCGGCUCCACUGCUUCAGGUCACUUCCCAUGGCUGCAGUCCACCAGUGGGACAAGAGCAAAGCCUACUGCUAGUAAGAAGGCCAAAGGGCCCUUCCAUCCUAGCCCCCCGCAGGCAUGCCCUUCCUUCCCCGUGGCAGGAAAGCCAGCAGCCCCAGACUGCCCCAAAACUUGCCCACCAGACCAAGGGGAGUACCCCACGGCCCCUGUCUGGAGGAAAUGGCCCAGCUAUUUGGUAAGAAGACCAAACCCCACAUCCUCCUUUCCCCUCUCUCUAGAAUCAUCUCGUACCACCAGUUCCACUUGAAUUGAGAUCUGUGCUCAAAUCUCCUCCCACCUCCCUCCCUGCUUUUGCCUUGCUCUGUUCCUCUUUGGUCCCAAGAGCAGCAGCCGCAGCCUCCUCGUGAUCCUCCCUAGCAUCAGUUUCCCGAACAGUCCACAGGUCCCACGCCCACUUUGCGUCUGCACUGUGAUCGUGACAAAUCUUCCCUCCUCACCAGCUAGUCUGGGGUUUCCUCUCCCUGCCCCAGGCCAGAACUGCCUUCUUCAUUUCCACCCACACUCCCAGCCUUUUAGCUGAAAGCACAAAUGGUGAAAUCAGUAGUCUCGCUCCAUCUCUAAUAGACUAAACCUAAAUGCCUCUAGGACAGGCUGUUGCUAUCCAAGGGUUUGGUGUUACCUUCUCCUGGGAGGUCCUGCUGCAACAUGAGUUCCACAGGAUGGUCAAACUGUCAGACAUCCAAGUUUACAUCAUUGUAAUUAUUACUGGUAUUUACAAUUUGCAAGAGUUUUGGGUUAGUGUUUUUUUUUUCUUUUUUUUUUUUUGGCUUUGUUUUUGUACAAAAGAGUCUAACAUUUUUUGCCAAACAGAUAUAUAUUUAAUGAAAAGAAGAGAUACAUAAAUGUGUGAAUUUCCAGGUUUUUUUUAAUUAUUUUAAUCCCAAACAUCUUCCUGAAAAUAACAUUCCCUUAAACAUGCUGUGGAAUAAAAUGGAUUGUGAUGA